AUGCCAAUACUGAAGCCUUAUAAAUAGGUAGCCACCAUGGCCUAAUUCUGCACCAUGCACACACACACAGAAGAUGAACACUGGACUGAUGAAGAUGAUCAAGAGUGUGUUUUUUUCAUGUUUCUUCCUCAUUUCUUUGGCACUUGUGAUUACAGAGUCAGCUCAAAAGCCUUGUCCGGAAUGCGGUGGCAAGGAAGUCCCGUACCCCCUGAGUACCGCGGCCGACUGCGGCGAUCCCCGGUACAAUAUCUCCUGCAACAGGACUACUGGUCGGCUGGAGUUCGUGUCCGCCUACGGCCUCAGUUACAGCAUACUCAGCACAAACCCAGCUAAUUACAGGUUCAUUAUACAGCCACCACCCAUAAACGACAGCUGCCAGACGCGGGACUUGGGGGUUGGCGGGCUGAAGAUCGACGAGGGGUCGCCGUUCAACAUAUCGACUCGGAACACAGUGAUGCUGUUCAACUGCUCAGAGACGAUAAAGCUGUCGCCGCUGAACUGUUCGGACAACAGCCCGUGCCGGGUUUUCGAGGCGGAGGCGGUGGGAGGACGUGCGUGCAAAAACACCCUGUGCUGCUCAUACCUGAAGGACUCAGCAAUGACUUCACACUAUAUUAGGAUUAGGAAUGGAGGGUGCAGUGCUUAUACUAGCUUUGUGGAUGUUAAGCCUGGGGAACAGGACAUUACCAAGUGGAACUCUGGCAUUGAGCUGCAAUGGCAGCCACCUAAUUAGUUGAAUGAUUCUGAUCUGCAGGAGUGUGGUGUUUUUGUUUUUGUUUAUUUUGUUUUUCGUUUUGGGCUUUUCAAGUGUUCAAUGCAUGCAACGGGUUCAUAGAUGUGUUCAGUUAACUUUUAGUUUUCUGAUUCUCAACUUAUAAGUAAAAGCAAAAAGGGUACAAGAGAAAAACGAAUGAAAAUGUUUUGCAUGCUUUUGCUUAAUUGUGCUGAAGCCAGGUUGCUGUUUUGGUUUCUCAUGUUGAUAAUAAAGGUCUUCGUUAGAUUUUCUUAA